AUGGCAGCCGUUCUUGCCCUCCGGCCUUUGCGGGCUGGGAUCCCUCGCAUAGGAAUCAAGAGCUUCCAUGUCCACGGUGCUAUUCGUCGAAAUUUCUCUUCCUAUCUCGUCAGCCCGAAGGAGCUACAUGAAGCCCUCGCGAAAAACCCUCCUUCCCCGAUCAGCCCCGAACCCAGAGUCGUACCUCUAUGCGCUUCAUGGUUCCUCCCCAACGAUGAGAGAUCCGGUAUCCAGACUUUCCGAGAGCAGCGGAUCCCAAAGGCGCGAUUUUUCGACCUCGACAAAGUCAUCGACAAGCGGAGCCCGUACCCUCACAUGCUGCCGGAUGCCAAGGGCUUUGCGGCCGCGAUGAGUGAAUUGGGAGUGCGCAAGGAAGAUGCAGUGGUGGUAUACGACUCAAAGGAGCUUGGAAUCUUCAGUGCCCCCCGCGUAGCGUGGACGUUAAGGCUUUUCGGACAUCCCAAGGUGCAUAUCCUGAACAACUUCAAGCAAUGGGUUGACCAGGGUCUCCCUACCGAAACGGGAGAACUUUACAGCGUCGAGUGUUGCCCGUACCCCAUCCCUAAAUUCGACGAGGCCAGCGUUGCCAGCUUCGAGGAGGUCAAGGAAGUUGCGCAAGACUACAACAAAGAGGGCGCCGAGGGCGUCCAGAUUCUGGAUGCAAGAUCACCUGGCAGAUUUACAGGCAAGGCGCCUGAGCCUCGCGAGGGCCUUUCCUCCGGACACAUGCCCGGGGCUAUUAAUAUUCCCUUCACUGAUCUCUUGGACCCUGAGACGAAGACAUUCUAUCCCCCGGAAAAAUUGGCGACCAUCUUCAGCCAGAAGGGUGUUGACCCUGCAAAGCCCAUUAUCUCCAGCUGCGGUACUGGUGUCACAGCCUGUGUUAUCGACACCGGUCUUGAGGUGGCCGGCUACGGUUCCCCGGAAUCAAGAAGAGUUUAUGACGGAAGCUGGACGGAAUGGGCACAGCGGGUCAAACCCUCUGACAAUCUAAUCGUAAAGACAGAGGCAGAGGCAGAGGCAGAGUAA